AUGACUCGGGAGUUUGAAAUGAGUAUGGUGGGAGAGCUGAAAUACUUUCUAGGACUUCAAAUACAUCAAAUUGCUGAAGGAUUUUUCAUCUCACAUAGCACUUAUGCAAUGACACUGUUGAAAAAGUUUCGUCUUGAUCACUGCAAAGAAGUAAAAGCUCCUUUGAGCAGCCCCAACAAGAUCUCAAAGGAUGAAGAUGGUGAACAAGUUGACAGAAAGGUGUUUCGAGGGAUGAUCAGAAAUCUGCUCUACCUGAUAGCAAGUCGACCUGAUCUAAGCUUGAGUGUUGGGAUAUGCGCAAGAUAUCAAACGAAACCCAAAAAGUAUCAUCUAGAAGCUGUGAAGAGGAUCAUCCGGUACGUCAAAGGGACUGUCAAUCUAGGGAUCGUUUAA